AUGGCCUGGAGAAGCCACCACGAUGGACAAAUCCGUGUGCUGGGAAUUUCUGCGUCUUCAAGAGAACACGGUAUGCUCUGGAAAAUGGAACGAAGAUCUAUGCACAGUCGAAAGAUUGCACGACAAGUGGCGAUUUUGACCUGUUCCAAUCUCAACUACCGUUUCUAUUUUACCCAAACACUUGUGCAAAACUGGAAUAUGGUGGCCAACCCGAUGAAACCUUGUGCUAUGGAACAAUGGUGA